AUGAACAAAAACGGAACAGCUAAAAUGAAUGAUAAUCAAAUAAGAGCCGAAGGUAGAAGGUUAUUUAAACGCUUCUAUAACAUUCCUGAUGGUGUUAAUCCUAAAACUCGUAGAAGUUAUUUAAAUGAAGCAAUAGAUUCAUAUGAAGGGUUUGACAUUUCAUCAGAAAGUGAGAGAUUAGCGAGAAUGUUAAAUGUUAAUAUUGAUUUCUAUUAUUGUGAUCCUCAACCAGAAGACGUGGACAUAAAUAAGGUAGACUUUCCAUUAGUGGAUUCAAUAAUGAUAGAUCCAGAAUUUGAAACAGUAAAUAUUUUAUUAACACAGAGUCCAUGUGGAAAACUUCACGCUGACAGAAUAACAGACGUUGAAGCACUCACCGGCUAUAGAGUUUGUCCAUAUUGUAAAGAAGAAGUUUAUUCUAUCCGUGAUGAUCCAGAAAGGAAAAACCAAAGAAGAUUUUUAAAGCAUUGUGAGAAAU